AUGAAUGAAACUUAUAAAAGAAUUAAAAUGCAACAUGGCUUCAUUCUGAACAAUGGAUACUUUAUGCCAGCUAUUGGGUUGGGAACUUGGUUGGCAAAACCAGGGGAGGUGGGUGCAGCUGUUCAAUUGUCAUUAGAGCAAAAUUAUAGGAUGAUAGACUGUGCCCGCUUUUACAAGAAUGAGAAGGAAAUUGGGGAAGUUGGGAUUGGUCCAUAUUUGCAGACGCACAAACGCACUGAUAUUUUUGUGACAUCAAAGUUGUGGAUCGACCAAGUGAACAGAGUACGAGAGUCGUGUUUAGAGUCAAUCCAAGACCUUAAAUGUAAGUAUUUAGACUUGUACUUGAUGCAUUGGCCCGUUGCAGUCAAAGAGAAUUCUUCAUUCCCACCAAAGACGGAAGACUUCAUUGAAAAGGAUAUCUGUGACACAUGGAAAGACAUGGAAAAGUUAGUUGAUGAAGGGCUAGUGAAAUCCAUUGGUAUUUCAAACUUCAACGAGCGCCAAAUUGAGAAAAUUAUGAAAGUCUGUCGAAUCAAACCCGUUGUGAACCAAAUUGAAAUGAAUGUUUAUAUGCAGCAAAAAGCACUGAGAAAAGUUUGCGAUAAAUAUGAAAUAGUCGUCGAGGCGUACAGACCAAUUGGGGGGAUGUCUAAAGAUGGCGUGAAGUCCUGUUUGGAUGACGAAGUUGUGGUGCAGCUUGCUCAGAAGUACUCAAAAUCAACGGCUCAAAUUUGCUUGAAAUUUUUGGGUCAAAGCAAUGUCAUUUCGGUACCCAAAAGUACUAACGCAAAUCGCCUCAAACAAAAUGUCGACUUAUUUGAUUGGAAAAUCGAAGAAGAAGACAUGAAGCAACUCGAGGAUAGAGACUUGAAAAAGAGAGACGUGAUGUUCAAGGAGUGCUGGAACGGAAAGACUUAUGAGGAGUUUUGGGGAGAAAAGCAGUAA